GCGGAAGUCCGUGAAGGGGAGGGAGGGAAAGACGGCAGAGGGGAGGCCGAUCGACGACGACGGCGGCGGAAGCGAGCGUUGCGAUUUCCAAACGGCUAGUGAUGGCGGCUGUCCGGAAGUGAAAUCGCAAGUUCUUGAACAACCUUAGAGGAAGAAAGUACUGCUUGUUAUUUCGGUUUAGAUGGUUAAAGUAACCGGAGGCAAGAUCUCAAUUUGUUCUGGUACUUGCCACCUUCUGCCGAUAUAUUCUUUUAAUUUCUUAAGUUUGUGUAUUUGACAGUCACUGCAGCUACUACAGGCUUCUUUUUCUUGCGAAGAUAGCUUUCUACAAUGGCUAGCCAGCUUGGGGACAGAACACGAAACUUUGCUUUCUGCACUAUUGCAGUGAGUUCUUGUGGUGGGACUUUCCUAUAACACUCACUAUUUAAGAUGCCUUCAUUGGAACUACUACCAUUCAUCAGGAUACAGUGGGAAAGGCCAAUAAGGAAAGCCUGCUUCUGUGGUGGAGAUCCCCCCACAAAAAACGGAAGAAAAAGAGUAAAGCAAGAGCAGGAAGACCAGAUUUUACUAGUAUUCCAAGCAGGUGAAGAAAUCUUGAAACUGACAAGAAAAAAAACUGGCUCUUGUCUGUAUAUAAUACCUAAAUCAAGUAGUGAGAAUUUAAUCAGAACCAACACACUCAAUAGUCCAAAGCUUUGUGAAUUGAAGAGCUGCUCAUCACAUAGCUAAAAAAACAAACAAAAAAUAAAAAGGCAGUUGUACAGAAGUGUAAAAUUUAGUUAGUAACUUCCAAAGGUUCAGUGGAUCCGAACUGAAAAAAAUGUGAAAUGAAGUAAGUCAAAAAAAGCAUUAGGCAAUUGUUCGACAAGCAUCUGGAGAACUUCUCAGCGCGAUGGCUGCAUUUGGCCCUUUGGGGUUGAUUACUACUUCCCAGAAGGUUUCUUAAUUUUACCUUCUUGGUGUUACAUAAAAUGUGAUUUUCUGUUGGAUCUUUUUUCUUCGAUGCUGAAGGUUUUGCUACAUUCUGCACUAUAUAAACUUCACUUUGGAGGAUGCAUGCUGAAAAUUCACAACAGCCUUACCAAUGCUAGAAAGCCAAGAAGCCUAUUAAUAGCAUCACAGUUGGGAUCUGAAUUAGAAAUGAAGGUCAUUGCAAGAUAUUGGCAAGCAUCAUUUGUUUCCAUAAAUUAAGCUGGAGAGUUUUAUUUAAUAUAGAAAAAAACAUAGUUUCUAAUUAGAUUCAAACUAUCACAAGUGAGUUACUGAAUUUUCUGUUUGCCAGGAGAAUUAAUGAUAAAGUUAUUUGAAGGUUACUUGUUAUUCAGCCUUCAACUGAAUGGAGUAUGUAGAUAGGAUGUAUGUAUUAAAUUGGCAUUAUUUAUCAUGUUUGCUGGCAUUAAAGUGUGUGUGUAUGUGUGUGUGUUUACUGUUUGGUUCAAAACAACACUAGUACUUAAUACAGUGUUUUGGAGAAUGGUUAAUCUGAAAUAUAAAAGGCAUGGUUCUGUUGUAUAUGCUUCUAUUACUUGAUCACUUUGUCUUCUAUUUAACAGAGUUAGAAUUGGGAAUGUGAAAAUACAUCUUUAUGUUAGAUACACAAGUGCUGAAUAACUCAUAAAAAGACAUCAAAAUAUUUAACAAGCUGAUAGGAGUAGAAAGUUCCAAACAGUUCCAAUUGUAUAAGCAAAACAAAAAAUAGAAUUAGUAGAUAACUUAAAAUGUAGAUAUUUUUCUUUUCUUUUUCUUUUUUUUAAUUUUAAAGGGUUCAGAUUGAAAGUUGAACCUGUUUAAUAUUUUAAUGACAUAGCCAUCAGAAAAUCCCAAGAUGUAGCUAAAUGUGAAAAUUCAAAAAAAAAAAUCCCAGAAGGUAUAUAAAUUAUUUUUGUAUAAUUUUAAGAAACUUCAUGGAUGAAUCCUUUUACCAGGGCAAAAAACCCAAUGAGCAAAUAAAAAGAAAAUGCAAUUUCAUUAACUGCCUCAAUAACCUUUAAAUUUGUAGUGUUUGGUCAUUCUGAAGUAAUUGUUGAGAAGCAAGUUUUUAAAAUGGUACCUUCUCUCAUAAAUAUUGGUAGUAAUAUUUGGAUUAAGUGCAUUGAGGAAGGCUAUUUUGAGUUACAGAAAGUGCAAGGCCAAUUAUAUUAUCUAUGAUCUGCUUAUAACUGAAAUUAGCACUAGCCAAGUUUAACUGCAUAAGACUUAAGUGGAUUUCUUCAGUCUGGUUGCUUUUAAAAAAUAAUAAUAAAGAGGAAUAUUGUUCAGACAUGACCAAGAUACUAUUUUCUGUGUAUGGUGCUAGUGAUGCACCAUGAAUAAGGACAAACAAGUAUUGGCUGGAUCAAUCCUAGGUAGGUAUUCUGAGUUACGUUCACUGGAAGGUAAUCUAGUGGAGACAGGGUUCUGAGGUUUACAUUGCAAGAUGAUUAAUCAUGUUUUUUCUUCUAAUUUCUUCCAGGCCAGAAUUUGUAAGGCAAGAAUUUGUUAGGGCAGAAAGUUUUUCCAGGCCUGAAUUUGCAAUAUUUGUAGGAGAGUUAACUCCUGAAGUGGAUGACUUUUUGCUGUAUGACUAUUUUUUUAAAAAGUAUCCAUCAUGUAUAGACUGUAAAGUGGCCACAGAUCUGCUGGGAUAUUCCAGAGGUUAUGGUUUUGUCAGAUUUUCUGAUGAAGGCGAUAUGAUGAGAGCACUGCAAGAUUGUCAGAAUGCACCUGGUCUAGGCGGAAAACGAAUCCGAUUGACUUUAGGAAUUUCUAAAAGACUGAAAGCAGAAUUUCAAAGGUACCAGCCCUAUAGUUAUAAUGACUACUACCAAGACUAUCAAAACUAUUACCGCCAGUACAAUUAUGAUAGAAAUGAACGUUAUGACCGAUUUGAUCGCUAUGACCGUUUUGACCGAUUUGAUCGAGGCAGCCGUUUUAGUGAUCGUUUUUCUGAACGUUACUCUGAGCAUUUUGGUGAUCGUUUUUCUGAACGUUAUGCUGAGCGAUUUGGUUCUCGUUUUGGUGAACGCUAUGAAUAUCCUGAGUAUGGAGAUUAUCCUGAAUAUGCAGAUUAUAAUGCUGAGUAUGGUGAUUAUAAUUACGCAUCUUAUGAAAGGAUGCAGCCUACUGGAAAUAUGGGACAACAAGCAAUGAAUCCAGCUUUAUUUCAGGAUGCCUGUGGUAUGAUUUUAAAUGAUGAUCUAGUAACAGAAGAUCCACAACUCAACGUAGAUGUUCAUAGAAUGAACAGAGAAUUUAUGGUGAGAAGUGAAGAACUUUUUGACACACUUAUGAGCUGUCAUUGGCAACCUCUGGACACAGUUACUUCUGAGAUCCCUACUGCUUACUAAAAGUGUCUUAUGUUAACACCAUAGCAUGACUAUUUUGACCAAGGUGCUAAAUUGACAUUUCUUCUACAUUACUUUAGAUCCUAAAUUUUAAAGCACAGUGUUGGAUUAUUAUUAUUUUUGCAAUGCUUUGAUGGCCUUUGUAAUUUUGUUCAUCAGUAUCUUGAAAUCAUGUAAAUAUUCUGGAAAUGUAAAGAGUUAAAUAUGGACUUGCUUAUGUAAAUAAUAAAACUUUGUUUCUGCAAA